GCCCCAACGUGCAUCAUGACGUCACAUGUCGGGCUUGUGUCAGGGUGUCAAGUCGCCUCUUCAUGGACAGGUGAAAUAAUGGUGAAUUUCGACCUCUUCCCGCUCGUCUGCGUCGUUUUCCUGCCGUUAUGCUACUCCUCAGAUUACUGCGAGUACCCUCUCCUAGAUGAAGCAGCUCUAAGGGCGUCGUCUGAGUUACACACAAGAGAGGCAGACAAGGCCAGAUUGUACGAAACAAGUGCAUGGACAGCCAGGAGUGCUGAUUACCUGCAGUACCUGGAGGUGGACUUAAAAGAGACCAAGAACAUAACAGCCAUUGCCACGCAGGGCCGGCAAGACUCCGACGAGUAUGUUACCGCCUACACGAUUGAGUUUGGCCAGGACGGCAACCUCUUUUCUAUUGUCAAAGGGUUUGACGGGAGUAUUUGGGCCUUCCCUGGCAACAAGGAUGGCAACACGGUGGUCACCAAUCUGCUCGAGACCCCAAUCAUUGCGCGCUACAUCCGUAUAAAGCCCUCGAGAUGGAGGGACCGAAUCUCCCUGCGGCUGGAGCUCUAUGGCUGCCCUUACAAACACGAUACAGUCAGUUUUCGCGGGAACUCCAUGGUGAUCAUGGACCUUCAACGGGUGCCUGUGGCCUCCUUGCGCGACCACAUUCGCUUCCGGUUCCGGACCACACACCCAGAUGCCAUGAUCAUGUACAGCCGUGGUACGCAGGGUGACUACCUCUCGCUCCAGCUCGUACAGAACAAGAUGGUCCUCAACGUCAAUCUGGGAUCGAAAGUAAAGAGCACCUUUUCUGUGGGGUCACUCUUGGAUGACAACUCCUGGCAUGAUGUGGAGAUUCGCAGGGAGCAGAGAAACAUUACCUUCCUAGUUGACCGUGUCAGGAUUGACGACAUAAUCCAUGGUGACUUUAAGAGGUUGGAUCUUAAUAGAGAGUUUUAUAUUGGAGGUGUGCCAAACUUGCAGCCAGGGAUGGUGGCAAGAGUGAACUUCACUGGCUGUAUGGAAAAUCUUUUCAUCAAUGGCACUGCCAUUAUUCCUGAGAUGCGAGAUGCUGAUGAUUAUUACUCUUAUUAUUACCAGCGUCCCAAGUACUCUAGGAUCAACAUUUCAAGCACGUGUCCUUAUGGAGACUCCUCUGACCUGACCAUGACCUUCCUGAAACGAGAGGCUCACCUCCGCUACCCAGCCUUUGAAGAUCAACGCUCCAUCAAUGUGUCUGUAGAGUUUAGGACCUACGAGGAGUCAGGUGUACUUAUCUAUCACAAGUUUUCCACAACAGGCUACUUCAAGCUCUACUUGGAAGAUGGCAAAGUAAAAGUCAUGAUCUCCUCGGCUAAAACCCCAGGCAAGGUUGUACUUGAUAACUUUGACGUCACCUACAAUGACGGCCAGUGGCACAAAGCCAUGUUCACUGUGGCUGAGAACAGCAUGGAGCUCACAGUUGAUGAUGUCCCUAUGAAGACCACGAGGAUCAUCUCCGUAAUUUCUGGCAAAUACUUCCUUGUAGGAGGUGGCGUCUAUGGGUCGGAAGGCUUCCUUGGAUGCAUGAGGCGUAUUUCGGUGCUGGGAUUCAUGCAGAAGCCCAAGGAAGAAGAACUAAGUGAUAAGAAAGGCAUUGUAUUGGCUGCUUGUCAGAUAAUGGAUCGUUGCAACCCUAAUCCUUGUGAACACCAUGGUCGUUGCAAGCAGAAUAGCAAAGAAUUUUUCUGUGAUUGUUCAGGAACAGGGUACUCUGGUGCAGUGUGCCAUACCUCCCUGAACCCCAUUUCUUGUGCUGCUUAUGGAAUGCAGAAUCCUGGAUCCAAGCGUGCUGAAGUUUUUAUUGACGUUGAUGGUUCUGGGCCUCUGGUUCCCUUCCCUGUCACAUGCGAAUUUUACAAUGAUGGCAAAGUGUACUCAUACCUGGGCCACAAGCAUGAGAUGACAACAACUGUGGAUGGCUUUGAGAGGAGAGGGUCGUAUGUGCAGAACAUCAUCUACGACACCGAAAUGGAGCAGAUUGAGAUCUUUGUCAACCGCUCAACCAAGUGCCGGCAGCGCAUUCACUUUGAGUGCCUGAAGGCCAAGCUCUUUAACUCACCUUCACCCGAGGAUCAGGACUUCCAGCCCUACACCUGGUGGGUCUCUCGCAACAACCAGCCCAUGGACUACUGGGGAGGAUCUCUGCCAGGGUCUCGGAAGUGUGAGUGCGGUCUUAUGGGCACCUGCGUUACUGGCAAAUGGUGCAACUGUGAUGCAGGCCUCGAGUCGUGGCUGUUUGAUAGUGGAGAGCUAACCGUGAAAGAGCAUCUUCCUGUGAGACAGCUGCGCAUAGGGGACACGGGCUCACCCCUGGAUGGCAAGAAGGCACGAUACACGCUUGGACCUCUCAUAUGUGAAGGAGACAACAUCUUCGACAACGUGGUCACCUUCCGGAAGGCAGACGCAACCAUAAACUUGCCGCGAUUUGACAUGGGGCAUUCAGGGGACAUUUACUUUGAGUUCAAGACCACAAUCCGCGAUGGAUGCCUGAUCCAUGCAAGGGGCACCACGGAUUAUAUUAAGGUCUCCAUUGUGGGUGGCAUGCAGCUACAGUUCCAGUACCAGGCUGGUGCAGGGCCUAUGAGUGUGAGUGUGGAAACAGCGUACGUUCUCAAUGAUGACAAAUGGCACUCAGUGUUGGUUGAGCGAAACCGCAAGGAAGCCCGCAUGAUUGUAGAUGGAGGUGGAAAGGCCGUGCUCAAGGAACCCAGCGGUCCCGUGCGAGCGAUACACCUGGAAUCGGACUUUGUUGUUGGAGCCACUUUGGAUUACCGAGAUGGUUUUGUGGGCUGCAUCCGUGCUCUGGUCCUCAACGGGGAGCUGCAGGAUCUUAGGGGAAGAGCUGAGAGAGGAAUGUAUGGGGUUCAUGCAGGCUGUGUUGGCAAGUGCCAGUCCAACCCCUGCCUUAACAAUGGAACCUGCCAUGAGGGCUAUUCCACCUAUGAUUGUGAUUGCCGAUGGACUGCCUUCAAGGGACCAAUUUGUGCUGAUGAAAUUGGUAUCAAGAUGCUAACCGAUACAAUGGUGAAGUAUGAGAUCCCUGGCACCUACAAGUCUACCAUUGCCGAGAAGAUCCGUGUGGGCUUCACCACCACCAACCCACGAGGAUUCCUCAUGGGGUUGCACUCCAACAUCACGGGCGAAUACCUCACCCUUGCCAUCUCCAACUCAGGUCACUUGAAAGUCACGUUUGACUUUGGAUUCGAGAGGCACGAGAAGGUCUAUGGCAAGAGGACUUUCCACGAGGGACAGAACCACGAUGUCAAGCUCUACCGAUCGGACUCAGGAAGGAAGCUCACCAUGCAGGUUGACAACUAUGAGCCCAUCACCUGGACCUUUGAUGUGAAGGGAUCAGCUGAUGCACAGUUCAACAACAUUCAGUACGUGUACAUUGGAAAGAAUGAGUCGAUGGCUGAGGGCUUCACCGGCUGCAUCUCGCGGGUGGAGUUUGACGACAUCUACCCCCUUAAAUUCUACUUCCAGCAGGACCGACCCACAACCAUUACAGCUGAGUCAACCUCAACCAUAUUCGAAGACUACUGCGGCAUCGAACCCAUACGAUACCCGGAGGAGGAGACGGAGACGAGGCCGCCACCAGAAGUGUCAGAAGAAGUCCUUAUGGACCUCUACGCGGACAACUCGGCGGUCCUUGGAGGAGUUCUUGCAAUCAUUUUUAUUGCACUGCUGUGCAUGGGGUUCUUAAUUGGGCGAUACAUGGCACGACACAAAGGCGACUACCAGACCCACGAGGCGGAUGGGGCUGAUGCCGCGCCGGAUGCAGACUGGGCAGUGCAGCACUCCAUGACAGGACACCAGGUCAAGAGGAACAUGGAAAUGUACAUCUAGACAACAGCGGCUACAUGCCAUACGAAACGCAUACCGAGAAUAUGAACGAAAGAAAACAGUAGAGAUAAACUUCAAGAGUACAACACAUGCUUGAUUGUGUUAGGCGCUUAGUGCACAUGAUCAUGUAGGUCACAAGCUAGAACUGUGAGAAGGGUUUAUCAUGAUAUAAGAAAAAGAGAGUUAACACUGAGUAGAUUACUAUUAUUCAUAAAAAUGCUUAUGAAGGAUUAUAGCAUAGUGAGAGAUCAUAAUGUAAGACAAUGAUGGGAAAGAAAAUCUUUUCCAGACUAUCUUAUUUAAUUAUUGAUUAUUUGAUUAUUUUCUGUGGUCAUUUUUUUUUUCUCAUAAUAGGUUUGGGAACUGAAUCCUCCGCAUGCUAAACAUUUUGUUGAUAGACUGUUUAGCAGAUGUUUUCUUUCUUGUAAUAAUCGAUUCUGCAGGAAGGUCCCAGAAUUAGUUAUGAGUUAGCUGUAUGUGUUGAAGGUUGGUGAGAUUCAGAGGUUGAAUAUCCUUUGGUGAUUAGCAUAAUCUCAGGGCUCUCAGGGUCUGAGCACAAGCAGAACAAUACGUUUCUUUCUUAUUGAGGAAUGAACAAGAGGUAUGCUUGGUAGUGUUGUCGGUCGGGAAUGUGCAGCACUUGUGAUGGAGAUAACAAGUUUGAUAAGCUUGUGAUAUUCCUCAGUGAUAAGUAUUGGUGGAUUAAUUCUGAACAAAGGAUUAAGUACUGAACAUAGUACUUGAAUAAAUCAUGAAUAAUUGUGCAAAUCAAGAAUUUAGCAGUAUGUUGAUGUCAUCAUUCCUGAGUUUUUUUUUUGGUUUUUUUUAACAUCUUUCUGACAACUUUUCCCUUACAUCAGUCCAAUCCUCUUAAGAAAAUCCAGUGUUGCUUGUGUUUAGAUCUGACAGUUCUUGUGCUGGUCGGGAAGGGUCUCCGACUAAUAUAAAAAGCCAAAGUUGUUACACGUCCAUUUUAUUUCUUUAUUAUUGAUAAGGUUUAUAUUUUAAGGAGUAAUCUUAAUGUUUUUCUGUCUACUUUUAUAUUUUAACCCCAAAAAGGAUGGCUUCUGCUAUAUUACAAGGAUAUAGCUGAACACAGGUCUCAUGCAGUGUGUUGCAGUCUGGAGGUAGAUUUGAUGUCUGAGCAGGAAGCAGGUUACCAGAAAGCACUAUCUGGCAUCUCUUACCUCUUACCAGAGACCCUUGGUCAGCACGCCAGUUUUGCGUCGGGGUGUCUGUCACUGCAGUGGGUGAAAAUGUUAUACUCAUCACUGUAACUAGCCAUCAUCUAUGUUCUUUCAUAACUAUUAUAUACUGGAUAUUUUUACAAGGCAGAACAUGUUUAUUAAGAUUUAGAGAAAUAUGCUUCUGUGUGAGCGUUGCAUUGUAGCCCCUUUGGUGGGGUUGAAAUAUGGAAUCUCAGUGCAUAAACAUGUAUAGCAAUAAGAAU